ACGUGGAUGAGCAGCUUAUUGGAUGUUCCGGGCAGCGACUGAACACUAGGAAAGAGAGCGUUCCGGACCGCGCCUGCGCACAAAAGCGUUCCGGGUGCACUCUGUGCUGUGUGUGCAGAUUCUGCUGCCGACACGCGCCGGGAUGUGCGCUGCGCUCCGCCAGCUCAAGACCGUCAGGCUGCGCGCCCUCCACAGCGCGCGCAAAUUCGGUGUAGCGGGCCGGAGCUGCCAGGAGCUGCUGCGCAAGGGGUGCCUCCGCUUUCAGCUCCCGGUGCCCGGCUCCCGGCUGUGCCUGUAUGAGGAUGGCACGGAGGUGACUGAAGACUACUUUCCCUGCCUCCCUGAUGAUGCCGAGGUCCUGCUGCUCGCCGCUGGUCAGACCUGGCAGGGCUAUGUGAGUGACAUCAAUCACUUCCUCAGUGUGUUUCAUGAGCCGCAUGCUGGGGUCAUCCAGGCCGCAAAGCAGCUGCUGUCUGGUGAACAGGCCCCAUUGAGGCAGAAGCUACUAGCUGACCUUCUGCACCACGUCAGCCAGAACAUCUCUGCUGAGACCCGGGAGCAGGAUCCGUCAUGGUUUGAAGGCUUGGAGUCCCGAUUCAAGAAUAAGUCUGCCUACCUGAGAUACAGCUGUGAGAGCCGGAUCCGGGGUUACCUGAGAGAGGUGAGUGCCCAUGCCUCUGUGGUGGAUGUAAAGGUGCGGGAGGAAUACGUGCGGAUCCUUGGCUCCAUGUGCCAGAAGCUCAAGGCUGUGCAGUACAAUGGCAGCUAUUUCGACAGAGGGGCGGAGGCCGGUGCCCGGCUCUGCACACCGGAGGGCUGGUUCUCCUGCCAGGGCCCCUUUGACCUGGAGAGUUGCUUGUCCAAGCACUCCAUCAACCCCUAUGGCAACAGAGAGAGCCGGAUCCUCUUUAGCACGUGGAACCUGGACCACAUAAUAGAGAAGAAACGCUCCGUUGUGCCUACCCUGGCUGAAGCAAUCCAAGAGCAGGGCGGGAGAGAGGUGAACUGGGAAUAUUUCUACAGGCUUCUUUUUACUUCAGAGAACCUGAAACUGGUGCACAUUGCCUGCCACAAAAAAACCACACACAAGCUCCAGUGUGAUCGUAGCAGGAUCUACAGACCCCGGACUGCAUGUAAGAGGCAGCGGCCUGCUCCAAAACAUCAAUAACCUGUGCACUGCAUCUUCUGUGGGGCCCAACUAGGAUGAUAACAGGUGCUGUGGUUUUGUUCUGUCACUCCAGUAGUCCCUAGAAGAUGCUUUAAAACCUUUCUACACAUCUGCCUUCAGCACACCUGAGUGUCCUCCAACAGCCUGGAAGACACUCUAAGGAAUUUUCUACAUGCCUGCUUUUUGCAUACCCAAGUCGUUUCACAGCCUUGCUUCCAGGGAAGCUUGCUGGACAUUUGCAAGUUCUUGCAGAAAGACAGCUCCUCUGUUCUCAGGGAUCCUCUGGCAUAAGGGUGCUGCCUCAGCUCUCUGGUCUCUACUUCCAUUACACAUGGCAGCUAUUUCUGAACUUUUCAAAGCCAGAGAGAGAUGUGGUGCUUCUGGGGUAAAAAUGUUUGCAUUUCUUAAAAGAAAUCCAGGGCAUUCAUUGCUGUUUUGUUCAAAAUGGCAAAAAGAAACCUUCCAAAGGUCUCUUGGUGGGAACUGUGGCAUUAUGCUGAACCACCAAAAGUUGCAGUUUUUAUAGGUUUAAACAUGGCUAUCAUUUUUAUGACUAAAUCUAAUACGUGUAAGUAAUGCACAACUGUAGCAGUUUUAAGCAUUUGUGGAUUAAGCAUUUAUGUGCAGAAAUGUAAAUGCACAGAUGGCUUAGCUAUGCAGAGUAUGCACUCCCCCUUUUUUUGAGAUGGGGUCUCAUUACGUAGCUCAGGCUGGCCUUGAACUCUGUCAUUAUCCCAAGUGUUGGCAUUACAGGCGCCCAGCACACUAGGUUUUGUAAAUGUGUGUUGCCUUGUGUACAGAAACCAUCUGGGAGGAAACAUCAAAUUGAACAGCAGUAGUCCUGGGGACUCUGCAGUGGUGGGAUUGGAUUACUAACUUCCUAUAUCAUGUAUAUUGUAAUAACUUGAUUUUUUAAAACUAAGCCUUUUGUAACAUUUUUAAAGUCAUACAUUUUGUAAUAUUUGUAUUUUUUUACAUUUAUUAUGCAAUCAGGAAAGGCAAUAAAGAGUUUCUGAAACAGA